GGAUUCGCAACUUUCCAUCAAUCAUCCAAAUGGACACCAUGCAAGAUGCCAAGAAGCCGGUACAUUGCGAAUAUACCAAGCCCGCUGCUCUCCAGCGUUGCAACGAGAUGAGCAUUGUCUUUCCAGUCUCAUGGCUCCUCUGGGGCUUGCUGCCAAAUGCAGCAGCCUCGCCAUAUUGCCCGAUAGGUGGAUCAACUGCUUCCAGCAUGCCCCGUGCCGGGUAGCAUCCCGCAUCUAGCAUCUAGCAUCUAGCAUCCAACAUCAAGUAUCUGGGAAACCCGGAACGUGGGUGCGGCUGCUGGUUAAUCGUCUUCUGCCGGGUCUACGGGAUACGGGAUAUAUGGAUAGGAUGGGUAUUCUGAUAAAAGCGUGCCCAGCCGCCGCCCCCGCUGGCUUACUGUCUUAACAUCGCGAGCUCAGACCAUCGCGCUCCAUCGUUAGCCAGCCUAAGUAACCAUGAAACCGCUCCUACUGUCGUUUCUUGCGGCGGCAAGCGGAGCAUUAGCUAGCCUCGACCUACCUGCCGGGAUUCCACGCUCUCUGUCCGAGUUCAGGAGGAAGCACCCGUACAAGCUGAAGCAGAAUACGGGCCGGCGGAUUGUCAACAUACGGGCAUCAGCCACUGACACGGACGACGUCGCGGAUGACUUCUUGCGAGGCCUCCACAGCGCCAACCGCGGCGGCACGCUGAAGCUGCCACAAGGCAAAACGUUUAUCAUUGGCAAGCCGUUAGACCUUACCUUCCUCGACGACAUUCACAUCCAGCUUGAUGGCGAAAUAAGGUUCACCAACGACACGCCCUACUGGCAGGCAAAUGCCUUCCGGCACUCGUUCCAGAACAGCAUCAUGUUCUGGAAAUGGGGAGGCAGCAAUAUCAAGCUCUUCGGAGAGGGCGUCUUGAACGGCAACGGCCAGAGGUGGUGGAACGAGUUCUCUGGGCUCGAGAUUCUCGACCCAACUAAUGCCUAUCUGCGCCCCGUCUUGUUCUAUGCUGAGAACGCAACCGGCCUCAGCAUCGAAGGAAUACAUCUCAAGGACUCGCCUUGCUGGACAACCUUCUUUGUAACGUCCAAGGACAUCUCCCUGAAGGACGUCGCCUGCACCGCGCAGUCCAACAACGCGGCCGCUCUGCCCAAGAACACAGACUUCUUCGACUCGCUCAAUGUCGAGCGUGUCACGGUAGAGCGGGCCUGGGUAAAUAUCGGAGAUGACUGCUUUUCGCCCAAGUCCAACGCAACGGACCUGUACGUCAACACCAUGUACUGCAACGGCACACACGGCCAGUCAAUGGGCUCGAUUGGCCAAUACUCGGGCGAGAAGAGCUUCAUCCGCGACGUUCAUGUCGAGAACGUGUGGUUACUCAACGGACAGCACGGCGCUCGUCUCAAGUCGUGGGCUGGGCCAAACGUGGGUUACGGCUUCAUUGACAAUGUCACCUUCAAGAACUUCUGGAACGGGAACAACGAGUACUCGGCAUUCCUGGACUCUUGCUACUUCAACCAGAUUAACACGACAGCUUGUGCCGCCUACCCAUCGCAGGUCAACAUCACCAAUGUCUUGUUCGACAACUUUUCGGGCUACACUUCUGGCAAGUACGGCAGAGCCGUGGCACGCCUGACUUGCAGCCCAAAUGCGAUUUGUCAAAACAUCCAGUUCCGGAACUUCAAUGUCACGAGUCCAUGCGGAGGCUCACCAGUCAUCAUCUGCGACGGCAUCCAUAGCGGUAUUGGUCUCCCCUGUGUCAACUCGACAAGCGUCGAAGCAACGGCUGCACUCAGAGAGAAGUGCACGGCGGCAAGCAUGGCGGUACUUCCAAGCGCAACACCUUGGUAG